AUGAAGGUCUUGGUGUUUUUCUUUGGUUUGAUGACAUGUUUGUAUUUGGUGAAUGCGGACACCUGUAAGCUUUCGAAUAGUAUGGCUAAAUUGUCAGAUAUGGUUGAUGAGUGCUCUAACCAUAUAAGAGGUCAAAUACAAAAGGAAAUUGAUGCAUCAAUGCAUUAUUUAUUAAUGGGUGCUCAUUUUUCUCAAGAUCGUGUUAAUCGCCCUGGUUUCGCUAAAUUUUUCUUCCAUGCUGCUAGUGAAGAAAGGGAACAUGCUUAUAAACUAAUGCAAUAUUUGUUGAUGAGGGGGCAUAUGAAACACAAUCUUCUAGAAACUAUUCAACUUAAAAGUGUUACGGCCGAAACGAAGCCUUGGGCUAAUGGACUUGAAGCCUUGAACAAAGCUCUUGAACUUGAAAAGUUUGUCACUAAUAGUAUAUUAAAUGUCAUGGAAGUUUGUGAAAAAGCAAAAGAAAAGAAUGAUUAUCAUGCUGUCGAUUACCUAAUUAACGAGUUCUUAGACGAGCAGUACAAAGGACAAAGAGACCUUGCUGGUAAAAUUUCCGAAUUAAACAGGAUGGAGCAUGCUCAAGGUUCACUUGGUGAAUUUUUAUUUGAUAAGAAGCUGUUGAAAGAAGCCUAG